AUGUCAUCUCCUGUUAAGGCUGCAAGAGAAGGCCCUAGUAUUAUGGAUGUUGAGUUUAAUGAGGAAGACGAUGAUGAUGAUGAGUACAACCCUGAAAAAGAUGAAGAGUUUCCAGAAAGUGAUGAUGAAAGCAUCACAUCUUCCAAACUGAGCGAAUUUGGUUCACCAUACCGAGACUUUUCAUCCACCCCCAUUAGGACACCUUCAAGAGAUAGGGUAGCUGCUAGCACAGCCACUAAAGAAGUCACCAGUGAUGCUGUUGCUGAAUCAGACCUGCCUAACACCAGUUACACAAGUGUUGAUAAUAUAGCUCUUCGCACAAGAUCAAAGCAGUCACUCACCAGUACUUCAAUUACAGAAAUUGAGAGCAACUUUGUGGCCCCAGAUAUAACAACAGAUAUGUAUGAUAAUUAUUGUGAUGAACCUGACUAUGUCCAGUUCCUUUCGACACUGAACAAACCAACAGAUGACCCAAUGACAGAUGAUGAUGCUGAUGCCAAUGACCCAGAGUACAACUAUAACUUCGAGGCUGAGAAGGAGCAAUCGGAUGAAGAAGAUUUCCGAUGGGAUAAACUAUCAAAAAUUUCAAUGAAAGAGGUAGAUACACUGGUUGAGGAGCUGUAUGAGUAUUACAAAAAUGACAUGUUGCCGCUGCCGUAUCAGGUUGUAGCGAGUGCCACCGAGGUGACAGGCAGCUGGAAAAUGUGGCCGGGUAGUCAGGAAAUGCCUUCUUCAUCACAAGAUGAUCAUCAUGCAGUUUCACAGCCUGCACCCUCAUCUGUACCCACUGAAGCUACUACAGCGUCUCUGCCUAUGCCCACCACAUCAUUAUCAUCGUUGAAUAGCAGCGGAGUUUCACAGCCAGAGUCUUCAGAUCCAUUAUCAAAAUUCAAAACUCCUCUUCCGCCAUCGGGAUCGUCACCACAAAGACCACCACCACUACGAGUGCCGCCACCACCACCUUCAUCACCACACUUGACACAUAUUACUUCUAAUAAUUCUGAACCCAGCCAGCCAGAGGAACAGCCUAAUGCAUUCACUACCUCUGACACAAAAAGUGCAUCAAAUACGGAUACAAAUGCGUUUGUCACUCCUGAACAGCGGGCGCUGAUUGAAGACAACAUUAGGAAGCAUAUACAGUUGUUACUGCAGAGCUACCUGCUCUGUCAAAAUGUUCCUUCAUUGGAGUUGGAGGUCACUGAUGCAAAAUGCAUGAUUGUAGAAUUGAAUUAUUUUCGUGAAUGCUCAUGUGUUGGUGGUGCUUCCACAUUUAGUGUCUACAACUUGGAUCCUGCUUUGGAGGUGCUUUCUACACCACCAGUUGCUGAGAAUGUUAAAUUAGUGAACCACGUAGAAGGAGAACCUGUCUGCAGAUUGUCACCAACCCAAAAGUUGACAGUCCUCAACAGCCCGGCUUUUGUCUACCCUCACUUACUCCCACGUCUGAACAGACCCCAAAAGAAUGAGAGGAAAUACAAAAAAUUUUUCCCUAGUGAAGACAAGUUAAUAGCCGUCGGCAUGGAGCAGUUCCAGAAGUGUAAAGAUCUCAGGUCCAGUGAGUUGCUUCAUCAGCUGCUGAUACGUGGGAAGAGCUUGAAGGCCAUUCACAAUCGUAUUCAUUUCAAUUGUUCAAGAAAAAUGGGUGACAAUGCUAUCAGGUCAGUAAGAAAGACUGGGAAACUUCCAGAAUCUUUUCCCAAACCAUCAACUGAUUAUUUCUACACAAUGGCCCCAAAAUAUCAGCUGCCAGAUCUUCUUCCUUCCUGGUGCUCGCUGACCAACAUAUGGUCUCGCAGAGGGAAUUUGAUGAGGCUCACAGACAGUCACUACCUAGCAUACCAGUUACUGAAACUGAGCCUCAAACACAUGAAGACUUUCAGAAAGAAGAAGCAACGCUUGAAGAACUUCAGAAAGAAGAAGCUAGCAUCAGUAAAACUUUGGAAACAAAUCCCCUACCUUAUUCGGAUUCCUUCAAUGAGGAAUGACUUUCAUGGUGGUAUUGAUGGAACUUCACAAAGCCUGUUCUCUUCUGAAACAACAGUAAUUUCUGAACCCAGAUCAUGUUUAGCAUCUUCUGUACAUCACAGUGAGCCUCAUAGACAUGGAGAACAUCAAAAAGAAGAAGCAAGAAUCGGUAAAGCUUCACAAACAAAUACCCUGCCUAAUUCAGAUUCAUCAUCAGUGUCAAAUCAGGACCAGCUUUGUGAUAUUUCAAAAUGCCCGACAGCUUCUACAAGAAAUAACUUUCAUGGUGGUACUGAUAGAACUUCACAAAGCAUAUUCUCUUCUGAUUUACCUCUAGCCUCUGACAUGGUGAACGUGGAAAUAAAGAAGCAGGCACUAGCUGUUGGGGACAAAAAAGGCAGUCAGGAGCUUGAGCUUCCCAUAGAGGACAAGUUCAAUGACUUGUCAUCUCAAAGUCGUUUAAUGGUGGAUAAUACUUUCCAGUCACAGACAGAACGUGAGGCUCUAGUGGAUAGUGAACUAGCUUCAGACUGUUCUGUCCAAAAUGAUAACAGAACUUGUGAAACUGUCAAUGGUGGUCAGUCAGCUGAGUCUGGUAUUGAUCUCUCUCCCCAGAAUGAUAAAAAUUCCUUACAAAAUGCUGCAGAAACCCGUGAAGUUCUACAGGAUGACAGAGCAGUCCAGUCUGAUAUUAAUCUGACAGCAAAAGAUGAUAAUGAAGCCUUCAAUAAUGUCACUGAAUCAGACUCCACGUUAACUGAAAAUAUAAUUUUGCCAGUAUUAACAGAUGAUUCAUCAUCCAGCAGUGACAAAACACUCAUUUGUGCUUCAGGCAGCAUAUCAGACAGCGCUGACUCAAACAAGGCAGACAGCAUUGAACGGAAGUCAAAUACCAGUGAACUGCAGCAAGCACAGAGGAAACCCAAAACUAUCAGACAAAUACUGGAGGCAGCAGAGAAAGGGAAACUCUGUACAGCUACCAACACUUCAGUUUUAACGCCAGAUGGUGACUCUGUUAUUUCAGACAUUGUGAAUAAAAAUACUGACUCUGCCAUCAGAACCAGUGAGAAUACCAAAGUUAAUCAACCAGUGAAAGGUGUGACCGCCACAAAUGUCAGCAGUGAAUCUUCUAAAUGUGUACAGCAAGAAAACACAUCACCCCUAUCUCAAUGCUGUAGUAUCACAACACCUACUCCUUCCAUUAAUUUCAUUAACCUGCAGUCACCAGUCACACUUCCUCAUUCGAGUAGUCAGAAUACCAAGGCUAAUCAACCAACACAAGAUGUAACCAUCAUAAGUAACAGCGGUGAAUCUUCUACAUGUGUACAGCAAGAAAACACAUCACCCCUAUCUCAAUGCUGUAGUGUCACAACACCUACUCCAGUUGCUUUGAUUAACCUGCAGUCACCAGUCAAAUCUCAUUCAGUCAGAAACUUCAAGUUUCCAUCACCUUUUAAAACACCAACCAAGCUUCAUCCUCUUUUACCCAAAACACCCUUUUCUGCUGCAUCCGUUUCAUCACCGUAUAUCCCCCUACCAAAGACGAGCCCCAGGCGUAAAGAGUUGAACAAGCACGUACGCCAGAUUUUACCCAAAUCUUUUGUAUUCGAAAUGAAGUCCCCAUCUCCAACGAAAACUGCAGCUCAGAUGCUCAAGAAGAAAGCUACACUUUUUUGUCAGAGCAGAAGUCCAGUGAAAUUGUUGCCGAAACCACCACAGACAGCAUUGUCUGGAUCUAAACCACUACUGACUCCGACCAGAAUGUUCACCAGAUCCCAGAAAAGCAAAGGGAAAAACACAGGUAUAAAUUUAUAUCCACAGCCAGGCAAAGAGAAGGCCAUUGUAGAACCUGCAGCGAUGGAGACAGAUGAUGCAGUGUUAUCCCAGGAAGAAGAAGAAGAGGGUUUUGAAAGUGAUGAUCAGUCACAGCUUGAUGAUCUAAUGGCUGCAUGCACAACGAUUGGAUAUGAUCCUAAGAAAGGCAGUAGUGGCACAGACAAUGACAAUAAGAGCAAAGCUCAGAAGAAAAAAGAUGUCUGCCUGUCUAUGUUGGAACCUGAUAUCAUAGACAGAGACGCCAAGAAAGAUGAAAGAGACACAGCUUAUGCACAGCAUUACUUCACUCACAUCAAACAAGUGCUCGGUGACGAUGCAGAGAGAUUCAAGAAAUUCCUGACAAUUCUACAUGAUAUGAACAGAAACCACAUGAGCCCAGUGGAG